UCAUUCGUCAUUCAAUAAUUUUUGGUAAUAAGGUAACAUUGUAAGUUUUAGUAAAAUUAUACGUAAACAUGUAUUUAUAAUUGUACAUUCUGCAAUAAGUUUUAUUUGGCGUUGAGCGGCAGUUUGUUGCAUUAGUUUUGAUAAAUUUCAAAUGGCAGAAAGUAAAUUUGAUCCGUAUGCGGCUAGGGAGGUGGACUCACCACUUACCAAUUCUGAUGCAUUGAUUUCGCUGUUAAAGUGCGUUGUUGGCACUGGUUGUUUGGCCUUGCCGCUUGCCUUUUUCUACGCGGGACUUGCCGGUGGUAUUAUACUGACGAUAUUGGUCACAGGACUUUUAAUCUAUGGAAUGCAGCUUUUGAUUAUGUGUAUGGUAGAGUCAAGUCGACGAAAUAUGGUGGGUUAUAUGACCUUUCCACAGACCAUGAAAUAUGCUCUUAGUGUAGGACCAAAAAGCUGCCAAUGUACUUCAAAAUUUGCUGGACAUUUAGUGAAUGGUAUUUUGAUGUUUUCUCACUAUGGUGUUUGCGUAGUUUAUAUCGUGUUUGUAAGCGUAAAUGUGAAGCAAGUAGUUGAUUAUUAUUUAUCGGAGUUGGAUAUCAGGCUUUCUUGUGCGAUUGUAGGAAUCUUGUCAAUACCUCUUUUUUUACUGCGGCAGUUAAAGUAUUUGGUACCCACAAAUAUGAUUGCAAACGUUUUGAUGUACACUGGAUUUGCAUGUAUCUUGUACUAUUAUUUCAGAGGUUUACCGCCUAUUGAUACAAUGGUAAUUUUUAACCAUCAGCUGCCUUUGUUCUUGGGCAUUCUCUUGUUUGCCACUUCGUCAGUGGGCGUGAUGCUUGCUAUUGAGCAGAAAAUGUCGAAACCAGCCGCUUAUCUAGGCUGGAAUGGUGUUCUGACUCGCGCUGCUGUGUUUGUGGCGGCAACAUAUAUCUUAUUUGGAUUCCUUGGAUAUUGGCGCUAUGGCAGCGAACUAGAGGCUAGUGUUACAUUAAAUAUGCCUACUGAUGAAAUUCUUGCCCAGGUUAUCAAACUUUUCAUUGCAAUUUCCGUGUUCUUUACGUAUCCUUUGAGUGGUUAUGUUGUCAUCGAUAUUGUGUGCAAUCAAUUCAUAGCACAGAACCAUAAUCCGAAGAAUCCACAUAUGAUUGAAUAUAUAGUACGCAUUCUGUUCGUGCUUCUGUGUACAAUUAAUGCAAUUGCUUUUCCUAAUUUGGGUCCAAUGCUUGCACUGGUUGGUGCAUUUUCCAUAUCCCUUCUCAAUAUAAUUUUUCCAUGUUGUAUUGAGCUUUGCCUCUUGUAUGGCUCUUCGUAUGGAAAGCUCAGGUGGAGACUAAUUAAGGAUAUAAUGAUGAUUUUUAUAGGAUUACUUAUACUUGUAUACGGAACUUAUACAGCCAUCAAGGACAUGGUUGCGGAGUAUGGGGGCAAAAAAAACGUAGUGGAAUCCGAUGUACCGGAAACCGUUGCAAUUACAACACCUUCCGCUUCUAAUGGUGAUCAACGGAUGCUUGGAAAGUAUUACCUUUAAUUAUUACUUCUUAAUCUUGUAAAUUGGAGCAUUGUAGAAAAUAUAUAUGUAUGAA